UGAGUCAUCAACCACUACAAAUACAUGAUGAUAACAACUGAACUCCCACACUGAAAGCUCUGUGUGUGUCUGUGUUCGUCUUUUUGGUUGCAGACAUGGUUUCAAACUCUCCACCAGCUCCAAAGGAAGUUCCAACGGAGGAGGAUCAAUGGAUGGAAAAGGGGCCACCUCGAGAAGCAAAAUGGUGGUAUUCAACUUUUCACACAGUCACAGCCAUGGUUGGUGCUGGUGUUCUCAGCUUGCCCUAUGCCAUGGCCUAUUUGGGAUGGGGUCCUGGGACAAUGUUGCUGGUCUUUUCAUGGUGCAUCACCCUGAACACUAUGUGGCAGAUGAUACAGCUCCAUGAAUGUGUCCCCGGGGUUCGCUUCGAUCACUACUAUGACCUCGGUCGACAUGCCUUUGGUCCAAAACUUGGGCCAUGGAUAGUGCUGCCACAGCAGCUAAUUGUGCAGGUUGGUUGUGACAUAGUGUACAUGGUCACUGGAGGCAAGUGUCUCAAGAAGUUCAUGGAGAUAGUCUGCACAAAUUGCACUAGGAUCAAGCAGUCCUACUGGAUUUGCAUCUUUGGAUCUACACAUUUCUUCCUCUCUCAGCUCCCCAAUUUCAAUUCUGUUUCUGGGGUUUCUUUGGCUGCAGCAAUUAUGUCUCUAAGUUAUUCAACCAUAGCAUGGGUUGGUUGCUUGAGCAAAGGGCGAGUUGAGAACGUGAGUUACGCAUACAAGAAAACUAGUGGAGCCGAUUCCAUGUUUCGUGUCUUCAACGCAUUGGGCGAAAUUACAUUUGCAUAUGCUGGCCACGCGGUUGUCUUGGAAAUUCAGGCCACGGUUCCAUCCACCCCUGAAAUGCCCUCAAAAGUACCCAUGUGGAAAGGUGCCGUUUGGGCCUACUUCAUCAAUGCAAUUUGCUAUUUCCCGGUAGCCCUCAUCGGAUACUGGGCAUUCGGGCAAGAUGUUGCUGAUAAUGUACUCGUGGCGCUUGAGAGACCUUCGUGGCUCAUUGCCGCUGCUAAUUUAAUGGUGGUCAUCCAUGUCAUUGGCAGCUACCAGGUUUAUGCCAUGCCAGUGUUUGAUUUGUUGGAGAAGGCAAUGGUUAAGAGGUUGAGCUUCCCGCCUGGAAUUGGUCUCAGAAUCAUAGUUCGUUCUGCUUAUGUUGCCUUCACACUUUUCGUUGGGGUCACCUUCCCUUUCUUUGGUGAUCUUCUUGGUUUCUUUGGCGGAUUUGGUUUUGCUCCAACUUCUUAUUUUCUCCCUAGCAUCAUAUGGUUGAUAAUUAAGAAGCCAAAGAGAUUCAGCAUCUCAUGGUUCAUCAAUUGGGCGUGCAUAUACAUCGGAGUGUUUGUUAUGUUGGCGUCCACAAUUGGCGGGUUGAGAAACAUUGUCAUUGACUCCUCUACCUAUGAGUUCUACUCAUGAAUAAUGAAAAUUCAUUCUAUCAAAUGAAAUGUAUAAUUUGGUAUGUAUUCAUCAUAUUUGGCAAGCAACUCCGAUAUUGAUGGAUUGAAAUUAGUCCAACUAUUUGGUUGAAAAUUUACCCGAAGCUCAUUGUCUUUCUUCAAUUUUCAUUAAUGUGUCAUUAAGGGUUCUAUUAUGGAAAUCAUGUCUUGAUUAUGAAAGAAA